UUAAUUUCUACCACCAAUCCACAUUUCCAGAGGUCUCUGUUGCAAGAUCAAAUUCCAGAGAAGCCUUAGAGAAAAAGAAGAAAGAAAAAUGAAACAAUUGGCAGAGAAAGGCAGGAAGAGAUGGAGCCCUUAAAGAUGGGAGUAUCCCUGAGAAGGAGAAGAGGACAAAGAUACUCAGAGAGGAAAAAGUAAAGGACAGAAGAAGGAGACUGGAGAGACCAGGAUCCUUCCAGCUGAACAAAAUCAGCUGCAAAGCAGACUAGCCAGCCGGCUGCAACUGGAGUCAGAGUCCCAAAGACAUGGGCUUAUUAGAGUGCUGUGCAAGAUGUCUGGUAGGGGCCCCCUUUGCUUCCCUGGUGGCCACUGGAUUGUGUUUCUUUGGAGUGGCACUCUUCUGUGGCUGUGGACAUGAAGCACUCACUGGCACAGAAAAGCUAAUUGAGACCUAUUUCUCCAAAAACUACCAGGAUUAUGAGUAUCUCAUCAAUGUGAUCCAUGCCUUCCAGUAUGUCAUCUAUGGAACUGCCUCUUUCUUCUUCCUUUAUGGGGCCCUCCUGCUGGCUGAGGGCUUCUACACCACCGGUGCAGUCAGGCAGAUCUUUGGCGACUACAAGACAACCAUCUGCGGCAAGGGCCUGAGCGCAACGGUAACAGGGGGCCAGAAGGGGAGGGGUUCCAGAGGCCAACAUCAAGCUCAUUCUUUGGAGCGGGUGUGUCAUUGUUUGGGAAAAUGGCUAGGACAUCCCGACAAGUUUGUGGGCAUCACCUAUGCCCUGACUGUUGUAUGGCUCCUGGUGUUUGCCUGCUCUGCUGUGCCUGUGUACAUUUACUUCAAUACCUGGACCACCUGCCAGUCUAUUGCCACCCCAAGCAAGACCUCUGCUAGUAUAGGCACUCUCUGUGCUGAUGCCAGAAUGUAUGGGGUUCUCCCAUGGAAUGCUUUCCCUGGCAAGGUUUGUGGCUCCAACCUUCUGUCCAUCUGCAAAACAGCUGAGUUCCAAAUGACCUUCCACCUGUUUAUUGCUGCAUUUGUGGGGGCUGCAGCUACACUGGUUUCCCUGCUCACCUUCAUGAUUGCUGCCACUUACAACUUCGCUGUCCUUAAACUCAUGGGCCGAGGCACCAAGUUCUGAUCUCCUAUAGAAAUCCCCUUUUCUCUAAUAGCAAGGCUCUAACCACAAAGCCUACAGUGCUGCGUCUCCCAUCUUAACUCUGCCUUUGCCACUGAUUGGCGCUCUUCUUACUUGAUGAAUAUAACUAGACAGGAGAGUCUUGAAGUGAUUAAUGUCUCUUCAUGGACUCUCUAAUGUACCUCUUUUAGUCAUUUUACUCCACAGCUGAUUCCUGCUAGAAAUGGGAAAUGCCUGAGUAGGUGAUUCCCCAACUGCUAGUCACAGAGGAAUGGGGGCUCUAAUUCAGUUUGCAAGCAUUUCCUGAGAACCAGGAUAUGUUUUUUUUCAAAGGGCAUUUCCAUAGAUGAAAACAAAGUGCAAAGAAAGAUUCUCAGGUAGAGAGCAGGAAUGUCCUUGGUUCCUUGCCAUCAAUAAGGGCCAAAUAUAUUCUUGACGUACAAAACAGAGAUCUUAUUCUUGUCUUCCAAUUACCACUGAAGGUAGAAAAAAAUGAUGAGUGCUAGCAAAGCAAUGAGCAUUUGCCCAAAUCUGCCUAUUGCAGCUGGGAGAAAGGGGUCAAAGCAAGGAUCUUUCACCCUUAGAAAGAGAGCACUGACCCCAAUGGCAAUUGACUAUUUAAGCCCUAACUCAGCCAACUUUACUUAUAGCAUAAGGGAGCUGUCUGUGUAGAUGAAGGGGGCAUCUGGCCUUACACCUCAUUUAGGAAGAGAAGCAGGGCGUUGUCAAUCUUCUCACUCCCUUCUCCUUGAUAACAGCUACCAUGACAACCUGUGGUUUCCAAGGAGCUGGGAAUAGAAGGAAAGUAGCUUACAUGAAAUGCAGCAGUUCCUGGAAGCUGGCUAAAGGUGUAACUCCAGAUGGCCCUCCGGUAGAUGCAAGAUAGUUAACUCUGGAUAACAUGUCUUUUUUCCGUCAAUUAGUUGUAUCCUCUGGCCUCUGGUGUAUCUUCACAAUGGUGCUCUUUUCCUGAGGUUUCAUUUAUUUACUCAUAGAAGAUGAUUCAAAGAUCUUGAUUUGUUUCAGCAUGAUUCAUGUUUCACAUUUUCCAGUUCAUAGAUCUCUCAUUUGGAGUCGAUUGUGAAAGAUCUAUAGAAUAAUUUUUGAUUAUAGUUAUUUUUUCAAAAAGGAAAACAGGACAACAAGCAUCACCAAAAGAAUUUUAAAUAGUCUAGUUCCAGGAAUUUAUUGGGAAUUUCUACAAGUAUUUUGCAGUUUGUAGAAAUAGGUUUGGUAGAUUUCAACCUCAAUCUGAAUACCCUGUCUCAUCUUUUCUAGCAAAUGAGAGAUGAUUUUGCUUACUGAUGUUAUCUUGGCAUUUUGAGAGCUAGGCUUAACAUAGUGCUUAUUGUAUUUUGGUAUAUAUAGUCACAUAAUGGAUUGUACCAGUUGUCAGCUAUUCAGUUGGUAAGCUUCCAUGGAAAAGGACAGACAGAAAUAAUUUGAAACCUGAAGGACUCCCAGAUUUCAGACUUAUCCUGUAUUUGUUAACUGUGGCUUAAAAAAACCCUGAAUGUUUUUUUAGAAGGAAAGUUUAUUCUAAAUGUUUUGCUACAGAAUUAGGUUGUCCUUAUCCCCUAAACUGGUUCAGGAGAUAUAAGAUUCUUCUUAUAUUCUAAGGAGAUAUAAGAUUUUUACAAAGAGACACUUGAUACUUGUUUUUGGACCAGUAUACAAGAUAAAGACCAGGCUGCACAGAAUGAUGAAAGAGAAAAGGAUCUGUAGGAAACCAAUCAAGAUCAAGGAAAGUGAAGUAAUCCUUAUACAUUAUACUUUGUUUUGAUUUAAUAAUAUAACAAAUAACCAACCCUCUGUAAACCUCACAUACAUACACACAUGUACACAUACAAAGAGAGUUAAUCAACUGCAAGUGUUUCCUUCAUUUCUGAUAUAGAAAUUUCAUUUUAACAACAUAAAGAAUAAACUUUUAGAAACUCAUCUUACAAAAUGUAUUUUAUAAAAUUAAAGAAAAUAAAAUUAAGAAUGUUCUCAAUCAAA